CAUCCUGUACUAUUUUUAUCGUGUUGAUCAAAGUUUGAAGUCCUACAUUCUGACCCAUUUUUGAUAACUGGUAACAUUGCAAGCAAAGGCAAGAUGGAGCGCAUAAGUGUUAUGUUUAAUCAUUUGUCUUCAAAUAAUGAUGUUGUAUUUAAUCAAACAGCUAGUGGAACUAUUCCACGGUUCAAAGAUACGCCUGAUGAUAUCGUUAUUGUUUCUGCACUUAGAACACCGAUCGGAAAAGCGAAGAGGGGAUCUUUUAAGGAUACCUAUCCAGAUGAACUUUUAGCUACAGCCUUGACAGCAGUUAUUAAACAGUCUGGUAUUUCACCAACACAAAUUGGAGAUAUUUGUUGUGGAACUGUUGGAGAUGGGAGAGGUGCUGUUACAGUCAGAACUGGACAAUUUAUGGCAGGUAUUCCAGAUUCUGUGCCAUCAUCUGCAGUUAAUAGACAAUGUUCGUCUGGUUUACAGGCAGUCAUGAAUGUGGCAGGUAGCAUAAGGAUGGGACAGUGCAAUAUGGGAAUAGGAGCAGGAGUUGAAUCAAUGUCAUUCCAUAGAGGAGAGAACAGUAAUGCUCCACUUAAUCCCAAAAUAUUUGAGCAUGAAAUGGCAAGAAAGUGUUUAAUACCUAUGGGAAUUACAUCAGAAAAUGUAGCUGAAAAGUAUGGAAUUACCCGGGAACAACAAGAUAACUUUGCUCUUGCAUCACAACAAAAAGCAUUAAAGGCAACAAAGGAUGGUUUAUUUAAAGAUGAGAUUAUACCAGUAACAGUGACUUUCAAGGACCAGGAUGAAAAUGAAAGACAAAUAACUGUAACCACAGAUGAUGGAAUAAGACCUUCAACAAUUCAAAACUUAAUGAAUCUUAAACCAGCAUUUAAAAAAGAUGGUACAACUACAGCAGGUAAUUCAAGUCAGGUUAGUGAUGGUGCUGCUGCAGUGUUAGUGGCCAAGAGAUCAGAAGCUGAACGAUUAGGGUUACCUAUAUUGGGUGUAAUCAGAGGAUAUGCAGUGGUAGGAUGUCCACCUGAACUCAUGGGUAUUGGGCCUGCAGUUGCCAUCCCUGAGGUAUUAAAAAAGACAGGAUUAUCAGUAAAUGACAUUGAUAUAUUUGAAAUAAAUGAAGCCUUUGCCAGCCAGGCUACUUAUUGUGUAAAUAAAAUUGGUAUUCCCAUGGAAAAAGUAAAUCCAAAAGGUGGUGCUAUUGCCUUAGGUCAUCCUCUUGGUUGUACAGGAGCUAGGCAGAUUGGAACUUUAUUACAUGAGUUGAAAAGACGAAGAAAUAGAUCCUAUGGUGUUGUCUCUAUGUGUAUAGGAACGGGUAUGGGAGCUGCAGGAGUGUUUGAAUAUCCUGGAAGAUGAGAUCAACAGACAAAUCAAUCAAAACUUAUAAUAUAAAUGUGAUUCAAGUGAUUAAUUAAACUGAUGAUUAAAAUUAAAGGAGCAGUAUUGAUUCUACUGAUAUACUAAUCAGAUUGAUUACAUAUAGUCAUAUAAUGGUAGAUUAUUCCUAAAAGGUUAUUCCAUGUAGUUCUAAUGUGAAAAAAAUAAACAUCUUAAAUAUGUAACUAUAACGAGAGGAAUCUUAGCAUUCAUAUGCUUUAAUACAUUUGUGACAUAUUCAUUGCACUCUUUUGAGAAAGAAAUUUUUCAAUAAAGGAUGACCUAAAAAUGUAUGACAUUAUAUUGUAUUAAAUUUGAGGAAGGGUUGCAUGCAAAUAUGUGCUAAAUAUAUGAGUUGUCAGAAGAAUAUUGACAACUAUUUAGUGUUUUAGUAGUUUGAUAUGGAAUAAAAUUUAAUGUGAUUUUAAUCCAGUUGAAGUUGUUAAAAUCACUGUAAGGUAUUGCUGUAAAUUUCUCAUUUAGAAACAUGUUCGAAGUUAUAAAUACAAAUGCACUGUUAAUUCAAGUAGUGAAUGAUUUGUUUAUUUGUGAAAAUAUAUCUAUUGAAUAAUAAGUUAGGAAUUUUCCACAUUGCAGCAUUAAGGGAAAUUUAUAUAGUUUACCUAAAAAGGGAUUUUUGAAAGGACAUAAUUAACAUUUUGGAAUUUUUUUCAAAGUAGUUUGUUAAAAGACAUGUCUUUCUAUUUUAGCCAGAAGCUCAGUGGAUUUUUAAACACUUACCAAGUAGUAGUUAUAUGUAGUUAGAUUUUUAUAUUAUAACUGAAACAACUUUAUAAUUGAGUAAAUUUAAUUGAAAACUAAAUGAUGGUUUGUUCUUGGUUGUAUGAUUACAAGUACUGUGAUAUUUUCUCUGUUUUGAUGGAAAAUAAAUAUUCUGUAUGAACAUUUAACAUCAUUUAAUUUAUGUGAACUUUAAGUAUAGUUUAUAUAGGAAGUUUAAAAGUUAAUUAUAUUUUACAAAACUAA